AUGUUGGCCACACAUCUCAAUAUACCAAUGCGUGAGAUCUAUAUCAGGCCUUUCAUCGACACCACAACCGAGGAAUAUAAAAAAAUUAACCCCUGCCAUACAGUUCCAGCCAUAGAUGACAAUGGAUUCCUACUGUGGGAAAGCCGUGCGAUAAUGCAAUACUUGUGCAAUAAAUACGCGCCCGACUCUACACUGUAUCCCAAAGACCCACAAUUGAGGGCAACUGUUGACAGGCUAUUGAAUUUCGAUCUAAAAACGUUAAGUCAUGCCGUUAUAUCUGCCCAUUUCGAGUUCACAUUACCCAACGAAUACAGCGCUUCCCGGAGCGACACAUUUGUAGAGCUGACCGAUUCGCUCACAUUCUUAGAGAUAUUUCUAAUCAAUAAGGAUUAUGUGGCCGGAGAUGUGCUCACAAUCGCCGACAUAUCAUUGCUGGCAAACGUCACUCAUUUGGAGAUUGCGGUCGAGUUUGACCUGAGCUCCUAUCCCAACAUCUGGGGCUGGUUUAACCNCCUAUCCCAACAUCUGGGGCUGGUUUAA